CCGCGCAUGCGCGCUGUGCGGCGGGGGGGUGUCCGGCCCGCGGCGAUCGUUCCCCGGCGGCGGCAGCACAAGCAGCACCGGCAGCACCGGCGCGGGCAGCGGGGACCUCGUUCGUCAGCGAGAGCGGCUGGGGGAACGGGCCGCCCCCCGGGCUGCCCCCGGCAUGGAGCGCUGCUGGGGCCGCCCCCCUCGCCGGGCCCGGCGCGCCCCCGGCCUCUGCCUGCGGCGCCGCCCGCGGGGCCUGUAGGGGCGGCCGCGCCGCGCCUGGCCGGGGGGAGCGGCGGCAUGAGGAGCCGCUGCGGCCGCCGGCAGUGAAUGGGCGUCGCGGCGGAGCGGGAGGAGCCGGAGCCGCCGCCCCGAUGGCUCAGGAGAAAAUGGAGCUGGACCUGGAGCUGCCGCCGGGGAGCGCCGCGGCCCCGAGCGACGGGGGCGGCCUGAGGAGAUCGAACAGCGCCCCCCUCAUCCACGGGCUCAGUGACAACUCACAGGUUUUUCAGCCUUAUGUGUUGCGAACUCGCAGGAACAGUACAACAGUUAUGAGCCGCCACAGUAUGUUGUUGUCAUCAUCUCCUAUUCGUAUUCCGAGUAGCAGACUUCACCAGAUCAGAAGGGAGGAAGGAGUGGAUUUAAUGAACAGAGAAACAGCACAUGAAAGGGAAGUGCAAACAGCAAUGCAGAUAAGCCAAUCAUGGGAGGAAAGUUUGAGCCUGAGCGACAAUGACUUGGACAAGUCUGAGAAAUCUUCCUCCCCAAAGAGAAUAGACUUCAUUCCAGUGUCGCCUGCACCUUCACCUACAAGAGGAAUAGGAAAGCAAUGUUUUUCACCAUCAUUGCAAAUGUUUGUGAGCAGUAAUGGAUUGCCUCCAAGUCCUAUUCCCAGUCCAACAAGGCGAUUCUCCAACAGGAGGAGUCAAAGUCCAAUCAACUGUAUCAGGCCCAGUGUUCUUGGCCCUAUUAAAAGAAAAGGUGAAAUGGAAACUGAAAGUCAGCCAAAGAGACUUUUUCAAGGAACAACCAACAUGCUUUCUCCAGAUGUUACACAUCUGACAGAUCUCAGUUCAUGCCUGUCUUCAGAUAUUCUCGAUGGGAGUAGCAGCAGCGUUGGCUCUUCCUCGGACUCGCUGACUAAAGGCAGCAUAACCACCGAGUCCCCAGUGACGUGCUCCAACUCCUGCUCUUCCUUCAUUCUGAUGGAUGAUCUCUCACCGAAGUGACUUACCGAGCUCCGAGCGCGUGUCCGGCUGUGCUGUUCUUUGCUGUACACUUGUCCAGAGAAACGAACUCUGAUGCUUGAACCAUUAACACGUGGAUUGUAAAAAGGAAAAACAAUAUUGUAACUGUAAUCCUUGGUGACUUUCCAGUGAUUUUGAUUUAUCCAUUCAAUGGACAUUGUAGACCAUAUUAAUGUCUGGUUUUGCGAAUUUAUUUUUUUAAACAAGAUGUCUGCUCAGAUUAUACUAAUUUUUUGCUUUCAGGAACUUGCGUACAGAUUUUGAUUCCAAUAAUAGGUAUAUACCUAUUAGUGUUGCAAUUUUUAGGAAAAUACUUCUAUCAUUAUCGUGGUCAAUAUGUCUAGGGAAGAAAUUUGGUUUGGAAGGAUUUGAAAAUACUAAUUUAUUCUCUGGCACUUCUACUUUUGAGUAAAACUCUUCUUGCUUUUUUCAGCUGUUAGCCUCAAAUUCUCUUACAUAAGGGAGAAAAAAAUCUGUUAUUUUCUUAGUGCUGCUAGUUGGUUUUAGUACGGGAGACCACAGUGGGGCUAGAAAUCUCACUCUAUUACAUUACAAAAAAUUCUCAAUAAAAUAACCAAUGCACUUGGCACAUUUGCUGUCAGUGAAGAAAUAAUACUCUACAAACAUGAUUACAGUAGUUCUCUCCCCAGGUCCUUUAUCCUACAGAUUGUAUGAAAUAAGGUCAAUAUCCAGGAAGAUUUGACCAAGGGAAACGAAUCCAUGCCUCGAUCUAAGAAAUACAGCGCAGAUAAGUCAUUUAAACUACUGUGUAGGAGAACCAUGCAUGGCACCGUCGAUGUCUCCUGUGGCAUUGAGGUCACCAGUAUUUUUGUGCCUUAGGGGACAUUGUUACAAGAAUUACGGAAUGUAAACCAGAGGGGUGGGUGGGAAAAGUCCUUGGUGUACAGGCUGUUCAUAGAGCGCUUCCCUCCCCGCGGCGGCUGCUCCUCACCAGGUGCUGCCGGCAGCUUUGGUACCUUUGUGGGUCACAAGCGGCUCGGUAAACACUCUGUUUCUGAGGAAAGACUUUAAAAGUUUGGGUUUAAUACGAGCUCUGCAAAUUGCUUGGCUUAGGAGUUAUAUUUCAGCUAUGAGUAGUCUUGAUACAGUACCUUGGUCAGUCUGAGGUAAGACAAUAGAUAUUUUACUUUUUAAAGACUUUAACAGGGCAAAAUAAAUCCGUUUGUAAUCUACUGUGUUAUGCUAUUUAUUAUUUAUAACUAUGUAAAAAGUCUGUGGUGAUGAAUUAUAGUAUUUUUUUAUGAUUGAAUAAGUUUUUUAUGUUCAGUAAUUGCUGGCUGGUUUGUAUUUAAUACGCAACGUUGUCUGCCAGAAUCAUAAGCUUCCAUUUUUGAAUGUUUGUAACAUAAAUGCUUUUGUUAUCUGAAAGUACAACUUCUGAUCUUUUUGAAAGAAAAUAGCACUGAAUUUAAAGUAAGAUUAUGUGCUUUAGAAGUGAGCACAAUGUCUGGCAAUACUGUCUGGCUAAAAAGGGGAGGGGAAGAGCUGUAGUUGUUUUCUGUUUCUGCCAUUGAGUUUCCAGAAGAUGUGUACAUACCAGUUUAUUUUUAAAAGUGUUUCCAUUAAAUUGUAACAAGUACCAUAAUGGGCCAACAGUGGCACAAUCAUUUGUAUGAUCAUUUUCACCUGUGGAGCAUUAGUUCCCCACCUGAAAUAAAUGUGCAUAUUGUAAAAUAUUGUCCACUGGUGCCAUUUUUAAAUGAGCUCUGCAGUAUUGAGUGUUAAUUUUAUUUGUAAAUGCACAGUGCUAUUUCUUGAUUUUUUGGAUGUCUUAAAUCGCUUAAUUACUUUUUUUAUUCAUGCUUGUAUCUUCUCUGCCUUCUUGAUGCUCAAAGAAGGCUGCUUUGACAUUUGCAAAAUACUGAUGAGUGGUCUGUGAUGAACUCCAACCUGUUACCUGUGCCCCAGUUUCAUGAUACCGUGCUUUUAUUGGUACUGUGAUUGAGAAACCUGCACAAGGGGUGGCAGAAGGGGGAAUCCUAUUGCAUGCUUUCUUCAACCCGAGAAGAGCAUAGGUAUUGCUUAUUUUUGGCUGAUUUACCUGUACAAUUGAUGUAUUCCAGAUUUGUUUGUUAGUGGAGAGUCUUAUAUAAGUGCUGGCCUUUGUAAACAUUAGAAUGUAAGCUUCAUAAAGCAAACGCACAAAUAUUCA